AUGAUCAUUUCUGUGACUGCAGUACCUCUAACACAAAGUGCUCCUGCUCCUGUUCAACCUGUGACCCCUGACAUGAUUCAACAAAUGAUCAUUUCUGCAUUUUCUGCUUUAGGACUCUCAGGUAAACCCUUCUCUACAUCAUCUCCUUGGUACUUUGAUUCCGGGGCUUCCCAUCAUAUGACAAAUAAUGCUGAUUCUCUUACCAAUGUAAACAAAUAUUUUGGAAAUCUCAAAAUUCAUACUGCUGAUGGCAAUCAUUUACCUAUCACGGCCACUGGUGAUGUUUCUUCCUCUCUCACUGAUGUCUUUGUAUCUCCUGGUCUUACCACCAAUCUUGUGUCUGUCGGGGUUGAUAAUGAUUGCAAAGUGGAAUUCUCUAAAUCUGGUUGUGUUGUGCAGGAUCAACAGUCAAGGAGGAUGAUCGCGAAGGGGCCUAAAGUGGGACGUCUUUUUCCUCUUCAAUUUCCUUUGUCUUCUUUUUUACCCUUUGUCUCUUGUAAUUUUGCUCAUUUUGAUUACCGAGCGUGGCAUAAACGUCUUGGACAUCCAAACUCUAAUGUACUUCAUGAUUUACUGAAAUCUGGUUUUCUUGGGAAUAAAGAAUCACCAUCUCUUAGUGCUGUUCAAUUUUAUUGCAAUUCUUGCAAACUUGGCAAAACUCCUGUUUUAAAUACCUCUUCUCCAGCACCAGUCCCUUCUAAGCCUCUCUUAGUGUAUCAACGACGCUCCUUCGCCACUUCCCACCAACCUCCAGCACCUCCCCAGCCCCCUCCAGCUCCUUCCCCGACUGCUGCUCCUGUUCCAGCAACUGCACCUCCACCUCUCAGACAAAGUACUAGGGUUCGUAGACCACCAGAUAGGUUUGGUUCCUCUCCUCUUUCAUCCUUCACUGCCACCUUGUCUUCUAUUUCUUUUCCUUCGUCUUAUACACAGGCCAUGAAGCAUGAAUGUUGGCGGAAAGCUGUUGAAACCGAGCUUCUCGCACUUGAGGAAAACCAAACCUGGGACGUUGAUCCAUGUCCCUCCUCCGUGAAACCCCUUUGCAGUAAGUUCGUGUUUUCUGUCAAGCUUCGUUCUGAUGGGUCCAUAGACCGUUACAAGGCUUGGUUAGUGGCACUUGGCAACAAACAAGAAUAUGGUCUCAACUAUGAUGAGACCUUUGCACCAGUCGCCAAAAUGACCACUGUCCGCACCAUACUCGCCCUUGCUGCAUCCCAAUCAUGGCCCUUACAUCAAAUGGAUGUCAAGAACGCAUUCCUCCACGGUGAUCUCAAGGAAGAAGUUUACUUGAAACUUCCCUUUGGUAUGCCUACUUCCUCACCUAAUGAUGUUUGCAAACUGAAAAGUUCUUUGUCUGGUCUGAAGCAGGCCCCGCAAGUAUGGUUUGAAAAGUUUCGCUCCACUUUGCUUGGUUUUUCUUUCACUCAAAAUCUUGGUCAGCUCACUUAUUUCUUGGGUUUAGAGGUCCAUCAUCAACCUUACGGUCUCUUCUUGCAUCAGCACAAGUACAGUCAAGAUCUGGUUCAGUUAGCCGGCCUUACCAACACUACUUCAGUUAACACCCCCAUGGAACUUAAUGUGAAAUAUCGACGUGACGACGGGGAGCUUCUUGAGGAUCCUACUACCUAUCGGAAGCUGUUCAUGCAAGCCCCAAGGCAUCACCAUCUCUCUGCCGUUCGCCGCAUCAUUCGCUAUAUUCUUGGCACACCUAGUCGUGGCUUGUUUUUUCCUACAGGUUCUUCCCUUCAGCUCCAAGCCUAUAGUGACGCUGAUUGGGCCGGUUGCCCAGACACCAGGAGAUCUACUACUGGCUGGUGUAUGUUUCUUGGUGAUGCCCUUAUCUCUUGGAAAUGCAAGAAGCAAGACCACGUCUCCAAAUCAUCCACUGAGGCAGAGUAUCGCGCCAUGUCUGCUGCGUGCUCCGAGAUCAUUUGGCUGCGUGGUCUCUUCACAGAGCUUGGGUUCAGUCCACUUCACCCUACUCCACUGCAUGCUGACAACACAAGUGCCAUCCAAAUUGCAGCCAACCCGUCUAUCACGAACGCACCAAGCACAUCGAGGUUGACUGUCACUCAAUCCGAGAAGCCUAUGAUCAUCAGGUUAUCACCCUUCCACAUGUCUCCACUACUCUGCAGAUUGCCGAUAUCUUCACCAAAUCCAUGCCACGUCAGCGCCAUCAUUUCCUCGUUGGCAAAUUGA